AACAGUCAAGUCCUUGUGCAGGUGAGCGGAACAGACCGUGAACAUCAAGUGAACUCACGCUUGUUCCGUUGGUGUUGAGGCAUCUUAAUGACACCCUGCGUCCUGUGAACUGUCGACAGGUAUUUUUCGGAUCUGUGCCUUGCGCGGUUUUGCGAUAAAAUGUCAUUCAGGCACUAAAAUGCAGCCGUAGUUGGUCGCACAGGCCGUGGAGCUGGUGCUGCUGUCCGUCAUCCGGAGCGGGGCUUAGAUGUUGCCCACAGAGCGGUGCACCUGGCUGGUUUUCCACGUUGGACAAGAUGCGCAAGGACGUGAGGAUUCUGUUGGUGGGAGAGCCCAAGGUGGGGAAGACCUCUCUCAUAAUGUCUCUUGUCAGCGAGGAAUUCCCAGAAGUGGUUCCUUAUCGAGCAGAGGAGAUUACUAUUCCUGCGGAUGUCACGCCAGAGCGUGUGCCCACUCACAUUGUGGACUACUCUGAGGCUGAGCAGACAGAUGAACAGCUGUUUCAGGAGAUUGCUAAGGCAAAUGUGAUUUGCAUUGUUUAUUCUGUCAACAACAAGAAGUCUAUAGAGAAGGUGACGAGCCACUGGAUCCCCCUGAUCACAGAGAACACUGACAAGGACAGCAGGGUUCCUUUGAUUUUGGUGGGGAACAAGUCUGACCUGGUGGAGCACAGCAGUAUGGAGACCAUUCUGCCCAUCAUGAACAAGUACAGUGAAAUUGAGACAUGUGUGGAGUGUUCGGCCAAAAGCCUGAAGAACAUUUCUGAGUUGUUCUACUACGCCCAGAAGGCGGUGCUGCACCCUACUGGCCCUCUCUACUGUCCUGAGAAAAAAUGUAUGAGAUCCAUGUGUGUUAAAGCACUGACUCGUAUCUUCAAAGUGUCUGAUCUGGAUAAUGAUGGGAUACUGAAUGAUAAUGAGCUCAACUUUUUCCAGCGGACUUGUUUCAACACCCCCUUAGAGCCCCAGGCACUAGACGAUGUGAAAAAUGUGGUGAAAAAGAAUUUAAAUGAUGGCGUCCGUGACAAUGGACUCACUCUGAAAGGUUUUUUGUUUCUUCACACUUUAUUCAUUCAAAGAGGUCGACAUGAGACCACAUGGACAGUCCUGCGGAGAUUUGGUUACGACGAUGAUCUUGAGCUCAAUCAGGACUAUCUCUUUCCUCUGUUGAAAGUCCCUCCUGACUGCACCACUGAGCUCAACCAUAAUGCCUACCUCUUCCUCCAGAGCGUGUUUGACAAACAUGACAAGGAUCGAGACUGUGCCCUGUCACCAGACGAGCUGAGUGACGUGUUUGAUGUUUUCCCAUACAUGCCCUGGGGUCCCGACGUCAACAACACAGUGUGCACCAAUGAACAUGGAUGGGUCACGUACCAGGGGUUCCUCUCACAGUGGACGUUGACAACGUAUCUAGAUGUGCAACGAUGUCUGGAGUAUCUGGGUUACCUUGGUUAUUCAAUAAUAGCUGAGCAAGAGUCCCAAGCUUCAGGAAUAACUGUGACCAGGGCUAAGAAGAUUGACCUACAGAAGAAACAAACCCAGCGCAAUGUUUUCCGUUGCAAUGUGUUCGGAGACAUCGGCAGUGGGAAGAGUGGUUUUCUACAGGCUUUUCUGGGCAGGAAUCUUAUGCGCCAAAAGACCAUCCGGGAGGAACACAGAUCAUACUAUGCCAUCAGCACAACUUAUGUUUAUGGGCAGGAGAAAUACCUUCUUCUUCAUGAAGUGUUUCCUGACUUUGACUACCUGACUGAUGCGGAUUUGGCCUGUGACAUAGUCUGCCUGAUCUAUGAUAUCAGUAAUCCUUACUCCUUUGAAUACUGUGCCAAAGUAUUUAAGCAUUACUUUAUGGACAGUAAGAUCCCCUGUAUGAUGGUAGCUGCUAAGUCAGAUCUUCCUGAAGUGAAACAGAUGUACGGCUGCAGUCCUCUGGAGUUUUGUAGGAGACACAAGAUGCCUCCUCCUCAGUCCUUCACCUGUAACACCUCAACCGCCCCGAGCAGAGACAUAUACACUAAACUUGCCACUAUGGCCAUGUACCCACAUGUUAGCCAAGCUGACCUGAAGAGCUCCACCUUCUGGCUCAGAGCGAGUGCUGGGGCCACAGUAUUUGCUGUUCUGGGCUUCGCCAUGUAUAGAAUCCUCCUCAGACUGCGGUGAUCCUCCACCCUCCUCCUGGUACCAGCUAGACUCAUUCAUGUACAAUAACAGUGACUCUUAAAUAUAUUCAUUUAGAAAUACAAAUAUUUUAUAGUUACUUCCUUCAUUCCAAAUGUAUUUUCUAAUUUGCAUAAUAAUAUUUCAUUCAUUACAUUUCCUCAAAUGUAUAUAUAACACGGGAAAGAAACUGAGCACAUUUAAUUUUGUAUUAAAGUAGCUUAUAGUGUUAAUCUUAAAAAGUUUGUAAUUAAAGACAAAUAUAUAUUUAUUUAUAAAAAACUGAACUGUUGUGGGUGAGGUGGGUUCAGAAUAUUUAAGAUAUUUCAUGGUUAAGUGAAACUCAUCAGAUGAGUUAUGUGGACUGACUUUCUCUAGUGCCCUCAGUAAUUUGUCAUUACUGUAAAUGUACAGUAUCAAGUACAAGUUUAUUUAGUACUGCCCGUAUGGUACACAAAUCUCCAAAUUGGCACAUAUUGCUCAAAGCAUAUGGGUUUUUUAAUGGAAAUUACUCUGUAUGUGGGUAAUUAAACUGCACUGCAACACCUUCUGAUACUUCACUGACCAGAUAAAACUUUCAGAAAUCUUAAAGUCUGCUUUUCAUAAGCUCCUGUUCAUGUUUAGGUCACUUUAUUUCUCAAGUCUAAACCAAUGCAAAGAUGUUACAGGUUUACAGGUGUUACAGAUGCAUGCUUUACAUUACAGUAUUGUCAAAGCAAUAUCCUACUUAUGCAUAUUUUAUUUUGUGUGCUCAUACUUUGCUAAAAGAUAAAAUGUAUAUAUUUAUCUUAGAUUUAACCUUAGUAUGGCCUUAUUCCCCUAAAAGAUGCAAUAAUGUCCACCCAUGUCAUUUCCACAUAAGCUUUUUGAAAAUCAUCAUAUUUCAGUGCAUCCAAUGUUUACAAUAAAGUUAUGUACUACA